AUGGGAAGUAGUCACUGUGGUACACUUUUGGUGGAGGAACCAGGGUUGAAAUCAAAAUCACAGUGGUACACUUUUGGUGGAGGAACCAGGGUAGAGAUUAAACGAGCAGACGCCAUUCCGGUAGUAUUCAUCUUCAAACCUUCAGAGGAACAGGUUAAAGAAGGAAACCCAACAGCUGUCUGUCUGAUCAACAACUUCUAUCCACGGUCGGUGACAAUAAAAUGGAAGGUUGAUGGCCAGGAUGUCAUUGCCUCCGACAUUAAGAACAGCGACUAUAUGCAGGAAAGCGACAACACCUACAGCCAGAGCAGCAUGUUGACGCUCACCAAGGAUAAGUGGGAUAAGUCGGAGAAGUUCGAGUGUUUGGUACAACACAAAACGCAACAACUGGCACAGAGUUUUAUUAAGUCACAGUGCACAUAAUAAUAACAGGCCUUAGGGAGCCUGAUAUAACUCUAUUAUAACAUAUCUUAUUGUCUUUUCUUGCAAUCUUACUCUCUCUGUGCCACAGUGUCUCGCAGCAUAACCCAAUACAAGCCAUAAGAACUCAAUAGAUACACACAAAUGACAAGGUUUUGGUUGUGUUACUCAUGAAUGUCACUGUUUUUACAAUAGUCCUAAAGCCUUUGGGCUUUAUUUGUUUCUGCUUUUGUCUUGAAAUGUUGAAAAAUAAAUAAAAAUUAUUUUGCUUCAAACAAA